AUGUCUAAUUUACAUAUUCUGUUGCCACUUCCACCGAAACACAGUUACUUUAUACCCAAUUUUGGUCCCAAGAACUCUAUUCCAGCGCCUAGGGAUUCCAAUAAUUCCAAUACAGUUGGAACUAAUCCCAACAAUCAAUCCAAUAAUCAAAACAACAACAAUAAUCAGUCAAAUAUGAGCAAGGCAGCACAGAAGCCAGGUGGUUUUCCACUCAACUUCAACCAGCCUUCAUACACAGCUCAGAACACGUUAGGGCAGUUUUCACCCAAUAUUUUUACCACUCGUAGAGUAUGGGUUAAAAAAUCCCAAGGCACGCCAACCACUAUAAUAGUUCAUCAAAAUGAUAUAAUAGAUGAUUUGAAACAGGCAGUGGUUAAUAAGUUUCCUAAUUCAUUGGCACGAGAAAUUGACCCGGCUGACUUGGUAAUAAAAAUGGAUUUGCUGGCUAGACAAACAGUUAACGUUACGUCUAAUACGCAAAAUUUAUCUACUAACAAAAAGACUACAUAUCCAACUAAUCCUGCCUCACUGACUUCGCCAGAUAACCUGAAGAACAUUAAAUCCCCAAUUGCUAGUAUAUCUUCAGGAACUCAAACUCAACUGCAGACAAAUCCAUAUAGCUACAUCAACCUAGAGCCUGAUCAGAAUGUUUGGAACAUAUUAGAUACUUAUUAUCCACAUAGUAUGGGUAUGCAAGAGGCUUUCAUAGCUGAAGCUCCCUACGCCGAACCUUUGUCUAAUAGAAGCAGUUUCAAUGCUGGUUAUCAGAAUAAUAUUAGCCAUAGACAGCAGCACACACAAGUAUCACAACAGCAGAUGCGAAAUACAUCCCAAAUAUUGAAUACUAGCCAGUCAUAUCACCAACCUAAACCGCAGUACAUGCAUCAAAGUAACCCUAUCGCGCAAAAUUUGAACACAAUUCAUGAUAAAUCAGUCUCUCCAGCUUCUGCAGCUAAUGGCAGACAAUCACCUUUGUCGUAUGGUAUCAAUGUUCAUAGAAGAUCUCAGUCUAAUCCACUACAAUCACCCACAUCUUCAAGUACUAAUGUUACAAGUCAAAACAAUAAUGAAAACUCGCAACCAGUUUUAUUGUUACCAAAGAAUUUUUCACUUGCUACGAAUGGAAAUAAUUCACAAUCUUCUAAUCCAUUUCAGAAUAAAAAGAGACUUUCUUUGGAUGAAAAUUUUGUGCAAAAGAAUAGACAAGAGCCUACAGAUAAGUCUCCGGCUGACUCGAGUAACAAUUUGACCAAUAUUGGAAUGGGAAUUCAUAGCGAAUCACACUCGGUUCCAGAAACCUUUGGAUUAGCUUCGAAAAAUACGGAUUUCAAUGGGGUAAGGAAAUUAGAAGGAAGAAGUAGUACUGACCCCGAAAGCCUUAAUCAGGGAUCAGAUAUUUCGAAUCAAGUUACUAAGGAUACCGAUAGAUUAAGUAUAUCACCUUCACCAUCGAUUGAUGAAUCAACAUCUAACAAACAAAAUAAUUUGAGUUUGGAUCAGAUUCUCAGCGGUGAAACUCACAAUAGCCAGGUACCUAAAACGUCAAAAAGUAUUGGAGCACCUGAACCUUUUAAGCCUUCUGAUUAUAUGGCAAAAGCGAAGAAUUCUAAUCCAGUUCUGGCCAAGGGUGCGAAAUCAUCAAAGCUCACUACUGACACUGUAUUGCCAUCUAUUUCAGUUUUGGUAGUUGAAGAUAAUGCCAUUAACCAAGCAAUUUUGGGGGCAUUCUUGAGAAAGUACAAAAUACCAUACCAGAUUGCCAAAAAUGGGCAAGAAGCGGUCGACAAAUGGAGGACUGGUGGCUUCCAUUUGGUGUUAAUGGAUAUCCAAUUGCCUGUUAAGUCGGGAAUAGAGGCGACCAAAGAAAUCCGUCACUUAGAAAAGAUAAACAAGAUUGGUGUUUUUGCCCAGCACGAGCUCUCUGCCUCGACGUAUCCUAAUUCGGAGAAAUUUGAAUUGAAAGAAGACGAAAAAUUGGACUUGACUGUUUUUAGAUCGCCUGUUAUCAUCGUCGCCCUAACUGCUUCAUCCAACUCAUCGGUGGACAGAAAAAAUGCUCUUAGGGCUGGGUGUAAUGAUUAUUUGACUAAACCUGUAAAUUUAGUGUGGUUACAAAACAAGAUCACUGAAUGGGGGUGUAUGCAGACAUUGAUUGACUUUGAUGGAUGGAAAGCCAAAAGAUCUGUGAACAGAUAA